UAAUUCCACUUCCCCCGGAACCCAGAUCAUCCCCGCGAUUUCCUGUUUAUUGCAUUAAGGCGCCGGGUUUCCGGGGCUCCUGGCCCCGCUUAUUCCGCGGGGGUCGGCGGGGUCGGCCUGGGCGCCCGCUCCGCCCGCCCCGCCGCUGCGCUUUGUCCGCUGGGCACCCCGCUUCUGGGAGGGGCGGGCAGACAUGGUGGCGGCCGCCGCCCCCUCCUCGGCCCUGGCGUGCCGCGGCCUCUUCGCUGCUACCCGGCGGGCCCGUCCCGAGCGGCCGCCCCAGGGUAGCGAUGGGGUCGAGCUGAGGCAUCGGGGGUUUUUGCGGGCGACUGGAGGUUGGCGGUGGGCGGGAGAGGGAGGAAGACAGGCGCGGCCGGGCGUCGGCCUCUGGGCGCCGCGGUAUCCUUUGUCUGGGCAGCCUGACGGCCCCGCCGGGCUCUCCGGAGGGGGUAACGAGCUACUGGGGCGGUCGGUUCUGGGCGCUCUGUGCUGCGGGGUCGAGGCGCUCGGGCCGGGACGGGAGCGGCCCGCCCGGACGGAGUUAACGGGAGAGCCAGGCCUGUCCCGCGCGGGGCCGCCGCAGAGACAGCCUUGGCCGCGGGGCCUGGAGUCCUGAGAGGGAGAAGCCUGCCGUUCUGAAGGCUCGGCACUUCUGCCCCAAAGACUUCGCCGCCGAGACUGCCGGGUGCACGGCCUCAGGGAAGAAGUUGAGAAUUUUGCCAGGUCAUCUCUGCCAGGGCACAGUUCAUCAGUGUGUGGUUAGUGUGUUUCGGUGAAGCUCUCCUACUGUGUUAAAUCAGCGUGCCUAACCUCAAGGGUGCAACGUGAAAACUGAAACCAAAGGAAUGAUACAGGCCUGCUUUGUGUGUGUCUUCCUACUUUAAGCUUGUUUUCAGUACAGAUACUCUUGCUUUAAAUCUGAUUGGACUAUGGCGAGCAGACAUCUGUUCAAAGGAGGGGCAGAGACCACAGUACUUCUGAAGGGGGCUUGAUAAUGUGGAAACAUUUUAAGUUUUUUCUCCGGACUGUUUUACUCUCUCGAUUCAGGCAAGUUACCGAAGUAUAAUUUUUAUCUGGAAAAGGGUUUGAUGUAGUCUGUAAAUGUAAAGUCCUUGUAAAGUACAUUGCCCUCCCAGAAUUAAAAGAUGCCCUCUCAUAUAUUAUGCAGAAGUUAGUGGACAGACAUUCUUUAUUGCGGAUAGAUUAUCUCAUGUAAAGACCCAGCCAACUUGGUUUAAAUUUUUUUCUCACUGACGUAUAACCAUCAGCUUUGAUACUUCCAUUUUCAGGCUCAGACUUUGAAUUUAAGGAAACUAAAGAUGGCUUUUCUUUUCUCUCUCUUUUUUUUUUUUCCUUCCAAAAAAAAAAAAAAAUCCAUUGCAUGUUAACAUAGAUAUGUUGAGUGACACCUUAAAUUUUUGCAAAUCUUUUUAAUGUCUGGUUCAAUAGAAAAUUCUUAAAUCUUCA